AAGAUGAGCUUUGCCCAUCGAUAGCCUCAAAACCCAAAAGUCUUUUCUUCACGAGAUCCAAUCUUUUGCUUUUUAGUAAUUAAUUACAUCUUCUUCCUUCUCUUCUCUCUUCUUCUUCCCUCUCUCAUACCUACCUAUAAGCAACACAAAGAACACCAUUGAUCCCAUCUGUUUUAUUCCUUAUAUUUCGUUAAUCCAUCCUACGCAUUCCAACUAUACGCUUUUUGUAUGCAACCCCAAAUAGCAGCUUAAAGAAAGCAGAGAGGAUCUUCUUUUAUUUCCCCUCUGAGAAAGAGAAACCAUUAUUCAAAGAAAGGCUUCUUUAAUUUACUCGCAGUCAAUAAAAUGGCAUCUUCUUCAACAAACUCACCAUGCGCCGCUUGCAAAUUUCUCCGGCGAAAAUGUCAACCGGAAUGUGUAUUCGCGCCCUAUUUCCCACCGGACCAGCCACAAAAAUUCGCAAACGUUCACAAAGUGUUUGGAGCAAGUAACGUCACAAAGCUCCUCAACGAGCUUCAUCCUUCACAACGUGAAGAUGCAGUGAACUCUUUGGCCUAUGAAGCCGACAUGCGUCUCCGUGACCCUGUCUACGGUUGCGUCGGAGUCAUCUCUCUUCUCCAACAUCAGCUUCGUCAGCUUCAGAUAGAUCUCAGCUGUGCUAAAUCUGAGCUCUCUAAGUACCAAAGCCUCGGUAUCCUCGCCGCCACUCAUCAGAGUCUAGGCAUCAACUUACUCGCCGGAGCAGCCGAUGGAACAGCCACCGCCACCGUGAGAGACCACCACUAUCACCACCAUCAGUUUUUUCCUAGAGAACAAAUGUUUGGUGGCUUGGAUGUUCCGGCCGGUAACAACUACGACGGUGGGAUUCUGGCCAUUGGACAGAUCACUCAGUUUCAGCAGCCGAGAGCCGCCGCUGGUGAUGACGGCCGCCGUACUGUUGAUCCGUCUUGAGAUUUUAGGGUUUUGGUGGUUCAUCGUCGUCGAUGCCUUGGUGAUGAUGAAAUUACAAUUAAAAAAAAAUAUUUGAU